AUGUCUUUACUCAAAGAAGGUGUCACCAGCGACCGUGUAUUAGUAUUGAUGAAUGAACAUCAAGAAGAAGAAGAAGAGAAAAUGAGUCGUAUGGAGUCUGCGGCAUCCUUUGAAUCGGCAUUUGAAGAUGAUGCAAAGCCUAUUGAAGACUCCAAACAUUCGCUUCUUUUUGCAAGAAGGCUAGAUGAAUUUUCUAAUAACGGGGGAAAUGGAUCGAAUGACGAUAAUGACAUGGAAAGAGGACAAGCAAAAGAAAUGGAAUAUGAUUAUCAAUCAUUAUCUCGGAAGGAAAAAUUCAAAUUAUUUCUUUUAAAUUUAAAGAAAGAAUUUAGAGGAAUGCUUGAAAUUGCAUUUCCCACAGUUUUAAUGAACAUUAGUAACAAGAUAUUAGGAUUAGAGGAUAUGGCUUUUAUUGGACAUUUGAAUAAUGAAAAUUAUUUGGCAGCGAGUGCAUUGGCGAAUGCUGUUUUCUUUUGUUUUAGCUUUAUUUCUGUUGGCUUAGUUGGAGGACAAGAUACAUUUGUAGCGCAAGCUUUUGGAGCCAAGAAUUUACGAUUAAUGGGCAUAUGGUGGGCCCGUAGUUUACUCAUCAUUUUCCUUGGAUUAAUUCCUAUUCUCAUCAUGAUGCUCUUUCUCGAACAAGGUCUUUUACUCAUUCGUAUACAACCAGAAAUUGCCUCUCACGCCGCCAUCUUUGUUCGAUAUUUACUUCCUGGACUCUUUCCUUUUGCAUUUUGUCGAAGUGCAGCGAGGUUUCUCGUCUCAAUGAAUAUUCGACUUCCUAAUACGCUCAUUCCCAUGAUGUCCAUCUUUGUGAAUUUUGCAUUGAAUUGGUUAUUUGUUUUUGGAAUUGGUUUUGAAGGUUUUGGAUUUGUCGGAGCAGCCAUUGCCACUUCCUUAGCACGAUUUUUCAUGCUACUCUGUUACAUUUAUGUCAUUUUCCAUUAUCGAAAUGCCUUAAAAGAAUGUUUCGAAGGUUUUGUCCAAUUCAAGCAAGUUCUGGAAUGGAAAGGAAUUUGGGAAUUCUUAAAACUCUCCAUUCCUGGCACCAUUGCCAUCUGCUGUGAAGUGUGGGCCUUUGAAUUCACAUCCAUUUUGGCCACCUACUUGUCAGCCACUCACACUGCAGCACAUGCCAUUUGUCUCAACAUUGUUUCCUUAUCUUUCAUGUUUCCAUUGGCCAUCUCCACAGCAGCAAGUGUCCUGGUUGGACAACAUUUAGGUGCUCGAGAGGCCUCUCGUGCCAAAUAUGCUGCCUAUUUGUGUUUGGUGGUGAGUGCCUUAUUUAUGGUAUUGAAUGGAGUGGUUGUGGGAUCUCUGAGUCGACUCAUUCCACGAAUUUACACAUCCGAAGAGGCAGUGAUUGAUUUGGCUGCAAAGGUCUUUCCAUUGACCUUGUUGUUUGGAGUGUUUGAUGGAGUUCAAGGAACAGCGUCGGGAGUAUUGAGAGGAGUUGGAGCUCAAACUGUUGGAAUGAUUUCCAAUUUAGUGGCUUAUUAUGUGAUUAGCUUACCGAUUGGAGCUGUGUUGGCAUUUGUGGUGAAUAUGCAAUUGGUUGGACUCUGGUUGGGAUUAACUCUUGGAUUGAUUAUUGUGGCUGUUUCACUUGUGAUUUAUAUUAUUCGAAUCGAUUGGGUGAAACAAUCGAAAAUUGCAUAUGAACGAAGUAGUCAAGUGGUGGAAAUUUCGAAUCAUGAUGAUUCUCAAAGUAAUGGUGAUGAGGAGAAUGGUCGUGUGAAUUCGAAUCAAGAAAUCACUGAAAUGCCAGUUGUCACUUCACAGGUUGAGAGGAAGGAGGAGGAAAUGAAAAGCAAGGUUUUAAUGAAUCAUGGUGAUCAUGGACAAGAACUUGAGAGUGCAGAAAAUAGUAAGGAAUAA